AGACUUAAAUCAUAAUUCGCAUGAAUUAAGGUUUCUCCAGACAUCUUCCCCCAUAAACCCUUCCGCCAUCUACAACCCUAAAAUUUCCCAAACAUUCCGACCGCCAUUAUCGAUUACUAAGAAAUAAUAACCAUCUUUCUCGUUGUCUCAGCCAUGGAAAUUGACGGGUUUCUCUAUGAAACCCUAUCCCCUCUAUCAUCCAACGUCGCCGUCCCCACCAUCGCAUCCACACCGCCGCCGGCUCCCAGUUCCCCUACCCCUAGCGACUCCGAACCGUACCUUGUGCUACGGAAUCAUAUACCCAUAUCUACGAAUUCGACGCCCUUGCCGGAAACUUCCGCUCCUGAAUUCUUCUCUCUGGAUGUCGAUGCCGAUGAUUGGAGAACUCCGACGCCGCCCCUCAAACGUUCGCGAUUGGCCACUUCUUUGCCUGAUGAAGAACCCACCAGAAAUCUUGAGACCGGUUGGUUUCGUGCCAAUUGUCGGUUUAAGAGCCCCAUGCUCCAGCUUCACAAAGAGAUCCUGGAUUUUUGUGAUUUUCUGUCUCCAACUUCUGAAGAGCAAGUAUCACGCGACACAGCAGUCGAAUCCGUUUCAGAUGUUAUAAAGUAUAUCUGGCCUAUGUGCAAGGUAGAAAUUUUUGGCUCUUUCAAGACAGGGUUGUUCUUACCAAGCAGUGAUGUUGACAUGGUGAUACUGGACUCACAUAUUCGAACUCCUCAAAUGGGUUUACAUGCUCUCUCUAGAGCUUUAUCUCAAAGAGGUGUUGCAAAAAAGAUUCAGGUGAUUGCUAAAGCCCGUGUGCCAAUCAUUAAAUUUGUGGAAAAAAGAAGUGGCAUCUCAUUUGAUGUAAGUUUUGAUAUGGAAAAUGGACCGAAAGCAGCUGAAUAUAUACAGGAUGCUAUAUCUAAGUGGCCCCAAUUAAGGCCAUUAUGUUUGAUCUUGAAAGUUUUUCUACAACAACGCGAGUUAAAUGAGGUGUAUUCAGGUGGGAUUGGUUCUUAUGCACUUCUAGCUAUGCUAAUAGCAAUGUUGCGGAAUUCACUUGAUUCUCAUGCUUCUCCAGAACAUAAUCUUGGAGUUCUUUUGGUUACUUUUUUUGAUAUGUAUGGGCGCAAGUUGAAUACAUCUGAUGUUGGCAUAUCUUGCAAUGAUGGAGGAACCUUUUUUUCUAAAAAGAGCAAAGGAUUCCUAAACGCAAACAGGCGAUCACUACUUGCUAUCCAGGAUCCACAGGCUCCGGAUAAUGAUAUAGGAAAAAAUUCCUUCAACUAUUUCCAGAUAAAAUCAGCUUUUGGAAUGGCAUGUGCGACUUUGACAAACACAAAACUGAUAAUGAGUCUAGGCCCCAACAGGAGCAUUCUGGGCACCAUUAUAAGACCAGAUAAAGUUUUGUUGGAGAGAAAAGGAGGUUUGAAUGGUGAUGUGACAUUUACCAAUUUACUCCCUGGAGCAGGGGACCCGUUGGAGAAAGACUUUGUGGAACAUGAGGGGCUUUUUUGUAAUUGGAAUGUAGACGAUGAGGAAGAGCCAUUGCCUCGUGGAAAGGGGAUUCUUAUCAGUGAUGAUGAUGAUGAUGAUGUUGCUGCAGGGUCUACUUCUAAGAAGAAGUCAAAGAGAGGGGUCAAACUGUAUAAAUCGGCUAAAGUCAAAGUCAAAAAGUUGAAGAAGAGAAAGAGAGCCUCAUCAGAGGCCUGAAUUGAAAAUUUAUUUCAUGAAUGGAGAUUCGUUUGUUUGUUUGUUUGUUCACUUGAAAAUGAGGUAGGUAUUUGAAAGCUUUAGAAUUGAUGCACAAAAGCUUUCGUAGGAG